AUGCCAGGAUCCAAAACGGGGUUCCUCGAUGAACAGGACGGACUCGAACCCAGGGACACUGUUUUCUUUGGAGGGGAUAUCGAGGGUCGUCCUCAGGAAAUUGAGGACGACAUUGAGGACAUUGAUGAUGAACUGGAAGACGAGUUUGGUGAAGACUUGGAUAACAUAUCUUCCAUCGGCUCAGACGACGAGGCAAAAGCUGCAGAGUAUGACACAGAUCUUGAAGUAGAUGCAGAAAAGCUAAUAUUCCCAGACAGAUAUGAUCACGACACAAGUGGAAAAUCAGCAUAUUUAAAGAAAUGCGAAGAAAUCGGGGUACAGCCGAUCACGUUCUUCUUAAAACAUAUGCAUGACACAGAGCUAGUCAUGAAAUACCACAGUCUUGGUCCUCAGGGGAUGAAAGCAAUAGCCACACCACUGGAGGUGAAUACAGUGAUAGAGAAGAUAGAUCUCGAGGGCAACUACAUCCUGGGAGAGGGAGCCACGUAUCUGACGAGAGUUCUACGAGAAAAUGUUUACGUCACAGAAUUGAGAAAUGCGUCAAUAAAGACGUUAAUGCUCCGCCAUAACAUGUUUGAGGAUGGGGGGGCUCAAUGGUUCUCCGACUCCAUGAAUGAAAAUGUCACCCUGGAGACUCUGGACCUCAGCUUCAACCGAUUCCAAAACAAAGGAUGUGUUCUCUUAGCUCAAGCUCUCAAGGACAACGUUGGGCUAAAAUAUCUUGACAUCAGUAUGAACGGCUUUGGCCUAGAGGGCGCUCGGGCACUAGAGGGCGCUCUGAAGGAAAAUAAGUACCUGACGGACCUAAACAUCAGCUACUGUCGUAUUCCAGACGAGGCUGCUGUCCACAUAGCGGGGGGUCUGCAGCACAACGACACACUGGAAAAUCUAAACAUUGGAUAUAAUCCUUUACAAGAAGAUGGAGCGGACAAAAUAAUGACAGCUAUUCAAGUCAAUCAAAGCAGUGUAUUAAAACUUAUAGACUUUGGUGUUCUCAUGGUAAAAAAGUCGUUCAAAGCACUGGAGGACCAACUUGCAGAAGAGAGAGGUCUAAAGACGAUUUAUGGCGGGGUGUUGCCCGACUGUCCCCGCACGAAGCUUAGGGGAGAGGGUAGAGAGAUCGACGCCAUGAAAAUGCUGCUGCGAGAUCCCAUGUCAAAGUUAAAGGCAUACGUAGAAAAAGAGGGGUACCGAAUGAUCGACCUUCUGAAGUCCUUUGACAGAGACAAUAGCUUUACAAUAUCAUUAGAGGAGCUCAAAGAGGGUAUUAGGAGAUGUAACAUAGACCUCAGCGAUCCUCAGAUUUCACAGCUGAUGAGACAACUGGAUAAAGAUGGAAAUGGGGAAAUUGACUUCAGUGAACUUCUACAAGGAAAUGAUGAAUUAAUACUGAAGAAAAGGGCGGCAAAGAAAUGGCAGCAAGCUCACGAUAAAACUCUAGAAGAAACUCAGAUGGAGGCCAAGUCGGAACCCAAGACCUAUAUGUCAACGAUAGACACGUGA